GCUGAGCGCCGAUCGCAACGCAAGACGACGACGCAUCCGGCGAAGCGUCGGCGCCGUGCGUCGAGACGUCGAACGUCGGUCUGUCCGUCCGUCCGUUCGUCGGUCGUCCAUCGCGGGAUCCGCCAAACCGAACUGGCCAGCAGCAUGCCGCCGCGUCGAGCCCUCAAGGGCCCCAGCAGGUCGUCGUCGUGAUGCCGCCGUCGAUCGCGAACAACCAUUCGACCAUGGGACUGAAGAAACGGUUCAAAUGGUGGAAGUUUUUCGUUCAUUCCGAUUUGGACGGUUACUGGCUCACUACGUGAUUCAAGAUCGUAGUGAUACUCUUAGUGAUAAGCUCGCCGCAACGCACAAAGCCAACGGACGUCUCUGCUGCUGAUGAUAGUUGUGAUAUUUCGUAUUUGAACACAAUUGCUGAAUGCAUCUCGAAUCAUGGUGGACCUAGGAGGAUACGUGAUAAUUCUGGUAGAAACCAAGGAUAAGAAGAUAAAAUUAUAUGGAUCUCCUGCUGACAAAGAUAAUCUGGAGGUCGGGGAUGAAAUCCUUGAGGUGAAUGGAAAAACGUUAGAAGACGCGACGCAUACUGAAGUUAUCAAUCACAUUCAUCAGUGCAUACGAUCACGAACGAUAUGUCUGCGUGUGAAACGAAGGAGCGGGGCUCGAUUAGGUAAGCGGAAAGGUAAAACCGGCUGUUGCCAAGUUGUUGAUUAUGUCGGAGAAUUACGGAAAACAUGAUAGCCUGGCUGAGCCUAGCAGAACGCUGCUUGAUUGGCCAGGCUGACUGCCCAG